AUGGAUAAGGAAAAUGUUCGUUUCUACAUUAAAGUGCGUACUGCACUUGGUAUUGAAGCAAGAACUAUUCAUGAUGAAUUAUAUACUGGUUUUGGGGACAAAGCUCCUUCUUAUAGAACAGUUGCUAGAUGGUCUCACUUGUUUCGUGAAGACCGGAAAGAAGUUGAAGAUGAAGAUCGACCUGGUAGACCUGUGACCGAGACAACUUCUGAAAAUAUUGAACAAGUUCAAAGCAUUAUUGAUGAUGAUCCUUUUGUUACGGUCGAUGAACUGCAAGAGCAAACUGGUCUUAGUCAUGGCACUGUAUAUCGAAUAGUAUCCGAUCAUUUGAAGCUGAUGAAGAUUACCGCUCGUUAUGUACCUAAACAUUUGACCGAUUUUCAACGAGCUGAACGAGUUCGAAUAUGUAAAGAAAACUUAGCAAAAUUUGAACGAGGAUCGUGGAAAUUAUGUGAUGUUGUGACAGGCGACGAAUCAUGGUUUUAUCAUAAACAAACUGGGAGAAAAUUAUCAAAUGCUGCUUGGGUGAAAAAGGGAGAUCCUCCACCGACGAUAGUUCGACGUAGUCGUUUCGCUCCAAGAACAUUGGUAUGCAUUUUCUUUAACUCAACUGGUCCACUUCUGAUACAUUAUGUUCAACGAGAGCAAACUAUCGAUCACGAAUAUUAUAUCGAGAAUUGUUUAUACCCCGUUAUUAAUGAAAUCAAGAGCCAAAGAUCCAGUUUCGGUACUCGUUCAAUUAAACUUCAUCACGAUAAUGGAACACCCCAUUUUCAUCAAGAAGUGCUUAAUUAUCUUGAAUCAGAAGGUAUUACGGUGAUGCCACAUCCACCUAAUUCUCCCGAUUUGGCACCAUGUGAUUUUUGGUUAUUCGACUUAAUCAAACGAAAUCUAGAUGAUCAAGACGAUUCCGAAUCAUUACAUCGUGCUAUUACCGAGUUCAUGAAUUCUAUGAGUAUAGAAGAGUACAAGAAGACCUUCGAUAAGUGGAUUCAACGAAUGCAAUUGUGUGUGGAUAACGAAGGCGAUUAUUUCGAACAUUUGAUGAAAUAA